GUUCACACGACCCGUAACGCCCAGUUGGGCCGAAGCCGCCGCCGCGCCGCAGCAUCCCCACGCUCCUUGCCCGGCGCCGGCGAGCCUCCCUUGCCGUCUCCGAGGCGCAGGGGCAGUCGCGGCGUCCCCCAGGACCGGCUCGGCGCCCGAGCCCCGAAGGUUCCAUCUCCUCAAGCGCCUGCUGGCAUGUACGCCACGCACAGCCACGGGCGUCGCCGCGAGAGGGGAGUCCAUGCCCAUGGCGGCGUCGCCAGGAAGCGCGCAUCCCUUUCUCCGCUGCAGGUGCUGUGCUGCUCCAUCGGCGCCAUUGUCCUCAUCGCGAACGCUCGCCGCGCCCUGUCCCCAAAGGAGUCGUAUCUUGGUUCCUUUUGGAGCACUACCACGAGCAAACCUCGAGGUGUGAAGUAUGAGCUGCACACACUCCCUGUGGAAGCAAAGGCUGUGGCUGACGGUGACACGAUCACCGUGUAUGUUGACAUGGCUAACCCUCAUGGGUCCGGAAAUGUGCCCCGUGAAGUUCAGGAAGCUGCGGCGGAGCGGAUCAAGGCGCGGACGACCAAGAAUUACCAGAAGGCCGACGCGCUUCAGAAGAUCAUAGUGGAUGCUGGAUAUAGGCAAGUUCCUAACCUGAGUGGUGAGCAGGUUCUUGCAAAGAAGUAUCGGAUCAGGCUAAGAGGGAUCGAUGCACCAGAGAACUCGAUGUCUUAUGGUAAAGAGGCAAAAGAGGAGCUAGUGAAGCUCGUGCAGGGAAGAACCUUAAAGAUUUCCGUAUAUGAUACAGACCGGUACGGUCGACUGGUUGGAGAUAUUGAGUGCAAUGGGGUCUUCGUGCAGGAACACAUGCUGAAGAAAGGGCUCACAUGGCACUACACUGCCUAUGACCGACGGCCAGAGCUCGCAAAGUGGGAGAGCCAGGCGCGAGCGAGCGGGCUGGGACUGUGGGCGCUGCCGAACCCCGAGAAGCCAUGGGAAUGGAGGAAGGAGAAGCCCAUGAGGAAAUGGUGAGACAGUCAGCCGUGACCUGUGACCAUGAAGAGCUCAAGACAGAGCUUGUUUGAUUCGAUCUCCUGAGAUUUUCGACCAGAACAAUAGCUUCAUCAAUGUUGUACCUCGACAUUUUCAUCAUGUUGUAACAGCUGAUGUA